AUGAUCGAUCCGAGACGGUUGGAGGAUGAUCAACUUAUCGCAUUGCGUCAGUCCCCGGUUCUCCGCCGCUCACACUUCUUCGACAGGUGCCGACACACCACUCCGCGCCGGACAGCUUGCACCUUCCAAGCCAGUUUCACUUACCUCCUCUUGCUCCCACCUCUGCACCCUCACCUGACCAGACGGCAUCCAACUCCCCGCCCACCCGAAUCGCGCCCCACAAUACACCUGUCGAGCACAAUGUCCGCGACGCUCACCGAUGACGCGCACGAAGGCCUUGAUCCACUUUAGAACCGAUCGCCAUUGGACGUAUUGGCAAGGACAUGUUCGGAUGGAGGCUAAAGUGGGGAGAUUCAACAAGGGGCAUUCGGACUCGAAGUCGCGUCCAACUCUCAAAGGUCAGGAACCGAAGGCCGGGAGUCGAGCCGGGGUCGUCAAGGGGUCCAUUUCUACUAAACGCUCCAAGGCCUCAACGUCGACGGCGCGGGGCGAUGAUCUCGGACAUGGACAAGGGAGGAGAGCGAGUCUUCCCGUUGUAUGCGACACUUCGUCCCCGUACAAUGCAAGUGACACCUCCUUCUACGAUCAAGGCAUUAUUUCCUCACCUCUUGCUGAAGCAGGGCCCUCGCUUCGGGAUCCAACCGGCUCGGCCUUUACCAUACCGAACCCCAACCUCGCUGCACGGCAUCCACUGUGUCCACCAGCUUUGUCUAUCGAUGAUGAAGACGACGAAGAUGAAGACGAAUGCGAAUGUUCAGAUCUUGGCGAAGGUCCUACCCCCCCCAAAACCCUCGCAGCAACCGAAGCCUACCGCCAUUGGGCCGUCGUUUUAGGUCUCGGAUCUCAUCCAUUCCCACUCGAUUCCUGGGUCGGGCCUCCCAGGGGUGCGUCGGGUGGACGCGAGCUGUUCCAGAGCUGGGGAUGGAACGUUGAGGAGCUGGAUGCCGUCAAAGAAAGGAGGAGGAGAGAAAAGAAGGGUGAGAGCACUUUCAAGGCGGUUGGGCCAAGACGACCGCUCGAAGUCAUCCCUGAAGGGCACACGAUCGGGGAAGGCGAUAGGGCGUUCAAGAGAUCUCGAGGGAGAUUCAAGAAACAGUCCAACAACAGAAGUACAGCGUCGACACCUUCAAACCGACAAAGUCUUCAGACGAAUCCUGAACGGCGAGCAUCGUGGGGUCGGAAUGCUUCUGAGUCGGGGUACGACUCGGAGAGUAAUCUUGAGAACGAGGACUACACGCGGACGCCUAUCCCCGCACAGUUGAAUAGCAAGCUUCAAAUCUCUCCUGAGGUGGUGCAUGGUGCAUUGAUGGGUCUGGUGAUGAUGUCGAGGCGUUGA